GCGGGGUCCCUGAACCGCGGGCGGCCCCGGCUCCCUGCGCUCGGCCAUGGCCCCCCCGCUCCGGUGCAGGCUCCCGAGGUUGCUGCCGCCGUGGCUGCUGCUGCUGAGCGUGGCGCUGCUGGGUUUCCAGGCCCGCGCCGAGCCCGCCGCCGGGAGCGCCGUCCCCGCGCAGAGCCGUCCGUGCGUGGACUGCCACGCGUUCGAGUUCAUGCAGCGCGCCCUGCAGGACCUUCGGAAGACGGCCUACAGCCUGGACUCGAGGACGGAGACCCUCCUGCUGCAGGCCGAGCGCCGGGCCCUGUGUGCCUGCUGGCCUGCGGGGCGCUGAGGAUCCUCAGACACCGCUGUUCCUCAUCAAUAAACACCCGGCCCAGCA